UAUUUCAAUCCAAAAAGACAUUAUUUCGGACUAAUGAAAAAAUCCUAUCAUAGUUUUGACUUAUGGCAUCUUUUUCCCUUUUCUAAUUGCACGACCCCUUAUUUUCCAGCUCAUACAGAACAAUCACACUUUCAAAGUGGCGAAGAAGCCCUAUCCCACUUAGAUGACGUUAUCGAAUUCGUCGUCUCCGAAGCCAUAGACUAUGCGGAGAAACCUCCGGAAGAAAGAACUCUGCCAAAGCUUACCCGAAAGGCGCCUCCCCCUCCCCGACCUAGGAAUUCUAUGGUCAUGGGCAAUUUUAAUCAGAUGCGACCAGAUAUGGCAGCUAACGGCUUAAACCGAAUGCCAAUGUUGGGUGCGAAUGCUCAGUUCCAGCAAAAGCUACAUAAUCAGCUUCCAACCAUGGUACCUUUCGGCGCAAGCCCCCAACAGCAACAACAGCUGCUUAUGCAAUAUAAUGGCCAAUACCAAACGCAACCGGCCCAUUCACAGCAACAACAGUAUGCUCAAGCAGCACAUUUUCAAGCACUAAACCAACAGGCUCAGUAUCAGGCUGCUAACGCGGCAGCUUUGGCACAAAUGCAGCAACUCCAACGACAACAACUACAACAACAACAGCAACAACAACAGCAGCAACAACAACAACAGCAAAAUGCGACUACUACCCGACAUCUACUCUAUCCUACUGGAACCUCGCCUCCAAUCAGCCCUGCCAUAGCCAACUGUGCUGCUGGGGUUCAGCAGCAACAACAAGCUCUCGCGUCAGCACAACAGCAACUUCAGCUCUAUGCUGCGGCACAUCAGUUGCCUGGUAUGAUGCAGACAUUCCCUCCUACACAAGGGCAGCAUCAAGCGAUGCCCCAGUUGCAAGUCCAACCACAGCAGCCACAGCAACAACAACAAUCCGCCCAAGCACAAGUUUGUAACACUCGGGCCUGGACGAACGCUUCAGCGGAACAAUUACAAGCCCAACAUCAGCGGCAGUUAGCCGCUGCAGCGGCUGCAGCUUUCAGUCCCAGUGCAACAGCUGUUCAUCAACAACAACAACAGCAAUAUAUGCAACACCAACAGCAACAAGCCUCUCCCCAACAGCAACAGCAGCAGCAGCAGCAACAACAACAACAGGUUCAACAACGGUCCGCCAAUGACUUUUCUGCCUAUGCAUACCCACAGCAGCAAUAAAAUAUCUCACUCCAGGCGGCAAUCUGUAGAGCUCCUUUUCCCCCUGCGUAUGACGAGCAUCGGUGCUUAGUGCACCACUUCAAGCAGUGGUGGUGUUUUGUAUACCAUUUUCACUUCUGUCAACGUUCGUUUAAUCUCCAUAAGUAGCAGACGGUUUGUGUGUAAAGCGUCAACCGGCACUGUCAAUACUAUUUCCCACCCUCUUAUACAGAGCACUGAUCUAUGUGCCCUGAACCUCCUAUUGCUAUCGCUGAUCUGAUCACUGCUGCACGUAGCAUCGCGUAGUGGUAACAUUGCGCGUGUGCCAUUCCUGUCGUAUCCACCGUUCGUGACCUCAUACCUGACCAUAAAUGGGAAUUCAUGUACAAAUGCAGAACUGUUUUCUGCACUGUCCGACAUGUGUGGUAUUCCCUUUUCUCAGCCGGCCUUUUUUGCUCAUCCUUGUGUACAAUUUUCAAUUUCUGUGCCUUUUGCAUUUUUCUCCAAUAGUCAGCUGUUACCACUUGAUGGUUUUCACUGAUAUAGGGAGUGUUGUAUAGUAAUUUUUGUUUGUUUUUAUUUCCUCGCGCGUUUUUUCUUAGAAUGCGGUUGGCCCACACAAUUGCAUUUACUACUCAAGCAAUUCCUCAUUGUGGUUGGACAUAAUCUUUACGUAUAUUUUCUUGGGUCUGAAGUCCAUUGUCCUCAGUUGACCAUGGGCUGAUAAUACGAUACUGCAAACAGACUGGCUGUCUGCAGAAUCAGUUUUGUACUCUGUCUUUUGUCUCCCUUCCAUUCUCACUGGGAUUAUCGACUUGGUGAUUACUACCCCUUCUCAGGGUCUUGUAAAGUUGACGGCAUUCCAUACAUACGAGGCGUUCACGUCUUCGUUACCGCCACUACCUUCGUAAAACUUAUUACCAGUUUGUUUCUCUACUCUUUGCACGCACGCUGCCUUUUAUCUUCUACAGGCGGUUGUUCAUCAUACACACCACUGUUUAUAUCCAACCGACUGGUUGUCGCUGUCAUGUUUUACGUCUUCUGAUUGUAUUGGUCUCGAACUAAUGUCCUCACCGCUCAGUUUCCUUCGCUAAUCAUGGCGCCUAACUGUCCAGCGCGGACGGACUACUCUCUCCUCCAAUUGGCUCUUUAUAGCAUCGUUGGAGCGCAGAGAUUUCCCCCUGGUAAUCUUUUAAGGAGCAUACCUACAGAGAAGACGUCCAUGAUUUCUCUUGUUCUCCGCUUCAGACUUGCUUUUUUGUUUGUUUCUGUUUUUGUAUCGAUCCCACCGCUCCCCUCCGCAAUCUGAAUUCAGAGUUUCCAUUGAGAAACCGUUCCAGAUUAUUUCUGCUUUCAUUCGGCCUACUAUUUUUGACACCGACAUCCCAUCCCAUCCAAUCGCCAACAGCAGUUUUCCUCUUUCGAGUACUUACUAGUAUCACCGACACAUUACUAUUACUCACUCAUACCACCACUGUUAUUAGUACGAACAUCAUUAUUCUUCCGCCACCGCCUGAUCAUUUCUCGCAGCUAAUACUCCACCAACCACUAAGACUAUUGUGCGUUUUUAUUUCACUCCUCGUCGGAUGCAAUGUAUUUUACGGCCGUCCAUUGUAUUUUACUCUUCC